AUAAACAACAAAGAGAAAACACAGAUAUGAGUAGAUCAUUUACAGUUAAACCAUCUGUAGCGUACAGUCAGGGCAGAGGAAGGGGUGCCCCUACAAACCAACCGUCGGUAGGGCGAGGGAGAGCGAGAGGAGGAACGAGCGUGAGAACACAGACAGACAGACUAGCAACACGAUCCACCCAAGCUGAUAUGGAUAGAGAUCAGGGACAAUUGGGGGAUGGGGGUGUCGACGGUCGACAGCCCGGGGGAGGGGGAGCUGGGUUGGACCAGAGAAUGAGCCACCAAGGUGCCUAUACUAUGAUAACUCCCAAUGAAAAGAGACGACAACAGAUUGCGGAGCAAGCCAGGCGGGAAGAAGAGGCCUAUCAGCGGCACAAGGAAAAUAACAGACUUGGUCAUGUGAGCUACGUAGGAACAGUUGGAGGGGCACAGAAAACUGAGAACGAGGCUAGAAAUCAACAAGCCCAAAUCCACAAGUCUUCAAAGUUCGACAGUAUUCAGAAAAGACAAGCAGCCCGAGACGCUGUGAAGAGGAGAGAAGAUGAAGAGGUCUCGAAGAAGAAAGCUGAACAGAGGAGAAAAGCUCAGCAGAACACGCGAUCAGAUGAACAGAGGCAGCAGAAGCUACAGGAGGACCAUCGCGCGAAAAACGAGGCAUUCCUCAGACGAAUCGAGGCAGAACAGAAAUCAAAGGCCAGAUCUAAAUAUAGUCAACCCAGUGCUAGCACAGUCCCAACUGUUGUGGAAACAGAGGAUAGUGAAAGAGUCUCACGUGGUGACACCCGCCAUAAUUAUGGGGAUCCUGAACUUGUGAACACUCUUGAUGACAUUUCACUCGGUAACUCCUACAAUGACCCCUCCCUCAGGGAGCUGCAGCGUAUGUUUCCUUCGUAUGACCGGGAAAUGUUACGAGACAUUUUACUACAGGCAGGGUCAGUAGAGGAUGCCGCGGCACUACUGUCGAGUUGAUGGAAUGAUAAUUUUAUAUCAAACUUAUCAUGCUGCAGUGUUCUUUAAAAUAUGCCAGAGACAACUGGACCCUGCUUCACAUAAAGUCUACAUCAAAGCUGAUUUUUUUUUUUUGUAUAUUGAAGAAAGUGAACUUUUUAAAAAAUGAUACAUUGUACAUGUAUACACAUGUAAUAUGGGCAUAAACAAUUAAAAUGGGUUUUCAUUCUUAAUAAAUCUAAUCAAAACACAUGGCCCAAUCAGCCUGUAGUCUUCAAAAUUCAAAAAUGCUCCUUUCAUAAAAGUAAUAAUUUGCUAUGCUUUAAUUUUUUUCAUGCAAAAUAUGUACAGUGGUCCCUCAUUUAUCCGGACGCUUUAGUUCCCAGUCAUUUGUCCGGAUAUGUGAAGCGUCCGGAUAUCUGAAAUACCAGUUAAACAAAACAAAAUAACAUAAAUAAAUUCUGUUCCCAUGAUAAAUCGUCCGGAUACUGAAGCAUCCGGAUAUCUGAAGGUCCACAGUAUCAUUACGUAUGUAUAUAUAUAUAUAUAUAUAAAUCUAACUUUAAUAUCUGUGGUAUGUUUUUAUCAAUUUAUACAUUUUAAUCCUGUAGACUUUAUAUUUUGUUUUGUUGAAUUCUUUUAUCUCUAGGUCUGUAUAUCAAUUACUUCAUCAAAAAAAAUAUUAACAGUUUUUGUUCAUAUAAUUGUCAUGCCUAGUAAAAUUUUCAUAUGUGACAGAGCAAGUUAUCAACCUUUUUCUUAAUUUAGAGGUGCUUUAUUCACAGCUAAGACAUAAGAAAUAGAAACUUGCACAUACGAUAUUUUGUAAUAAAAUCUAUAUAAUAUAUGUAGUAUUAUGUAUGAGUACUUUGAAAAUAUUUGAUAUUCUUGUAGAUAAUUCAUAAUUUUUAAAUGAAUUAUUUGUACCAAUUGUAGAACUUGUCAAAUCUAGACACCACUGCUUCUGUAAAAAUUUCCAGAUUAUUUCACAGGCACUUGGGGUAUGGACCCCCUUUUUUCCAAUUUAUUUUUAAAUUUAGUGUUGAGGCACCUUUUUCCUAUUUUUGUAUUCUAACAUGCACUAUACCAAUAACAAGUUAUCAAUAAUGUAGCCCUUUUGUCUCUCUAAGCUGUUUCUAAGUAAAUUGUUCUUGACUGAUAUGAUCAGGGAGGGGAAGGGGUCCAUACUAUAAGUGCCUGUGGAUUAAUCAACACUUCUGAAUUUUCUGAACCUAGAUAUAUGAAGUGAUUUAGGUGUACAUUAUUAAUAAAGUGUUAUGCAACAGCAUGAAUACACUCAUCAAAAAAUUACAAUUAUGAUCUUAAACAGUUCAGAGUGCAAGAAAAUCAUGUCAACCUUGAUUCUAAGAUUUCCAUGACCUUUUCCAUUCUUUAAAUAUUUGGUUAUCCAUCCUUUGUGGUGUAGGCAUUAAUUAUAACAAAUAUUACAUCAUUGAUUGAUUUCUAUACUGGUUGUGUUAAACCUUGUCAAAUGCUCAUCAUAUUAAACAAUAUCAAAUUA